AACCUCCCUUCUCCCCCUUCCUUCUCCCCUGCUCCAUCGCCUCGCCCCCGUGCCCGGCGCCCAUGCUGACCCCGCGCGUCCUCAAGCUCUCGCUGCUCCGCCGCCUCCGCGCGGCCGCCGAGCUGCCCCCGCCGUGGCGGGCUCGGUUUGUAAAUGCGAUGCAUGCAUUUUGGUUGAGGACUCAGAUUAUUGUAUGUGGCUACAUCAUGGGUGAUCCCUGUGCGGAGUUAUCAUUCUAGAGGUUAUUCUAGUGGUGGAAACUCCAAGUUUGACAGGCCAAUGAGACAGUUUUCUGAACAGAAUGAGUCAAGUCCUCAGCCAUUGAUAUACUACAUUGUCCCAUCUGCUCUGCUAGCUUUUGCUGGACUAGCCACUUUUGUUCAUUACAAUGAUGAGAGGCGUGCGGUUCCCUUAGGUGAAGGAGCAAGACAGACCAGCGUUCCCAAAAGGUGUACUACUAAUAGACCUGCGAUAGGAGGUCCAUUUAAGCUAUAUGAUACAGAAAACAAUGUGGUGACUGAAUCGAAGCUUCGAGGAAAUUGGACUCUGAUGUACUUUGGCUAUACAUCAUGCCCAGAUGUGGGGCCAGCAGAAGUUCAGAAGAUGGCUGAUGUUAUUAAGCUUUUAGAGUCAAAGUAUGAUACCAAGAUUACACCACUCUUUGUCACUAUUGAUCCUCAACGCGAUUCACCCGUUCAGCUUAAGGCAUACCUUAGUGAGUUUGACCCAAGAAUAGUAGGACUAACAGGCUCUAUCAGUGCAGUAAGACAGAUUGCACAGGAAUACCGUGUUUUCUUUAAAAGAGUAGAGGAAAUUGGUCAGGACUAUCUUGUAGAAAGCUCUCCUAAUAUGUACUUGUUAGAUCCAUGCUUUGAGACAGUAAGAUGCUUUGGGGUUGAGUAUGAGGCAUCAGACCUAGCUGUGGCGAUAACAACAGAAGUCCAGAAAGCAUCUGUGUCAUCAACGAAUUAGUCUAGGAGGGCCUAACAUGGCAGUAUCAGCAGUUCUCUAAUCUUUGCUGUGAAGCACCUCGCCCCUGUAUUAGUGCUCACAAAAGGGUGUCACGGUGGGCCUUCCUUUUAGCUCUGCCUUCAGCCAACCGAUUCAAGCUCCUAUUCCCCUCUUGCCGUGUAAGAUUCGAGCAUAACUGUACAGAAUGACAUUCUUCACGUGACGAAGUAGCUUCCGAGUUACAAAUAUUACAAUUUUGCGACCAGUGGAUGGUUUUUACAUACUGCAACCUUAAUCUGCUUGGCGUGCCAAACAACCUACAGAGCAGAGAGCAGGUUCUGUAUCAUAGAUUCAUGAAGUGACUUCCCCCAUUUCGACGAACAGGUAAACGGGAAGCUUUACAGCACUGUCCAUGUUACGCCAUGUGUGGAUCUCAUCAGAGGACAACUGUAAUGUACGCUUUUGAUUUGUCCCCAAAUUCGCUUUUCACGGGACGGAAUGCUACCUUCCGGUUCCUCUUUUACCUUUUCCUUGUGCAGGUACUCGAUAUGUGCAUUGUGUCUGCCCCCGGCAGGACAGAGGCCACCUGCCGCCAUUAUGCCUGCCCAAGGGGAGUCGGCACACUCAUUUCAUAUUCGCUGUGUGCACUAGGUGUUGACAUAUUGUGACAGCCUUUUUUUCUCUUGAACUGUUGGAGUGAGUAGAAUUAGGCCUGUAGGGUAGCACUAUCAAAGUCCUCUGUGUGCUCGUGCGUUUGGUGCAAACUGACGCCUGCACACUGCAGUUGAGUUUUAGAGCGAGAUCUUGUGGUAAUCUUGCGAUUGCGACCAAGCAGGUCCCUAGGAUAGCUAAUGAACGCCGGGGCCAAAAGGGUUGCAUACCUCGGUAGCCGUGCGGAGGAUUUUUUUGGUUGGUACUACUUGGAGCGGUAGUUCUUGGCCCCGCAUACAGUCUGGCUCUGCUGCUCUGCAAGUCUGCAGCAUACAACAAUCUAUUCUUCUUUGAAGAGCCUGCAUUCUGUUUGCGCAGGAAACAACAAUCUGUUCACCUUUGCAGAACCUGUAUUCUGUUGUGCUGCCUGUAAGUUGCAGGUAGUCUGGCUGGCAUCGAUGCCACACUGAGCAUGCCGUCUCAAAUUGAUGCCAAAUGGAGACGACACGGGAUUUCGAUUACAUAUCGUGGUUCAUGGAGUUGGUUUUUUUUUUUUUUUUUUUUUUUUUUUUUUUUUUUUAA